AUGAAUACCUACGCGUUCACGGCUCCUGCGCGAAUCAGGACCCAGGUGGUUCCUCAGGAUGGCCUCGACAGGGCUGAGUUCGCGACCUGCAUGUCCUCGCUGCAGCGGGUUGCAGAGGUCAGACUGGUGGACGUGAUGCCGUGCGCGGGGCUGUUCAACCCGCAGGCGUAUCCCCAGGGCCACGUGACGUACGACUUUACGACGGACGACCAGGACGCCUCGCAGCUGUUUCUGCUCGACUUUGAGCCGUUUCGCAAAGUGUUCAAUACCAUAGGCAUUAUCAAGUGGACCGAGGAAUUGGACGACAGAAAGCUGUUGUCUCUGAACAAGGACCUCAAAUCCCGGCAUGCCAGCGCAUUGGGCCACUACAGCCUGGUUUUCGGGGCUCCAAAGGACUACAAAAGCGCCGUGCCGAACGUUUUCGCGGUCCGUAGCGAUGCGGCCAACAUCGAGACCGUGAUCUGCGACGUGACGUCCAGUUUUCUCGGGAACCUUUCUGUCUACGUGUCUGCGUACCAGCACGUGACUCUGAGGUCGCCUGGGAUUGCCAGCGGCAGCGUUGCAAACGGCGCUGCGAAGAAGCGGAUCUCGAGCUCUUUCGAGAGCCAGGACAAAAUUAGGGCCCAUAGAAACAAGGGCCGGCGCCAGAAGCUGUACGCGAACUUCUACCUGCUGGCGGGCAACCUCAGGAGCGCGUUGGCCGAGUUUUGCGAGAGUAUUCUGAACUUGCAGUACGCUGGAGACUAUCUGUGGCUGGCGUCGGGGUUAGAAGGACUGGGCCUGUGCAUGGCGCUGUUGGUGAAGCUGGAGGCACCUUUUCAGCUGCCGGCAGAGAUUCUGGCCCUGCUGGAUAACGUCAAGAAGACGACGCAGUCGCCGAUCGUCUCGCCACGGCCGUCCUUUCAGGCAGCCAACGUUUUCCCGGCGCAGCCAACAAGUGCCGUGUACUCGGUCGAGGUGGUCGAAAGUCUGAUCAUCAAGGCGAUCGACAAGUCCUUCGCAUACUACAGGCUGAGUCUGCAGACGCCCGAGGACUACGCUCCGCAGAUGGUGCUGUGCGAGAGCAAUCUUCGCUACAUCGACUAUCUGAGCUCCGUCGACGUCCAGGACAGCGUGGAGCUUAUUUGCAGCAUCACGAGCGACAUCUUCAACAGCCGGUUUGCGCAGCUCCCGCCUGCACAGCAGUACCAGAUCUACAACUCCAUGAUCUAUGUCUACGGGAGACUGAAUAUGAGAAGAAAGCGAGCGUUUUUGAUCCGCGAGCUGCUGGAGCUUGUUCUCAAGCACCGGCUGAUUGCGGAGGAGUCCUACGACGGACAGCUGGAGGAGCUGCUCGACUCGGUGCUGCAAGUGUACGGAAUCGACCGCCACAAGCCACCGAGCCAGAUCCAGAAAAAAGUGCUUGUCUCGGUGUUCCGCUUCUGCCACCACAUCCGGCAUCACAAGGGGCUUGCUAAGUACGGCUGUCUUCUGCUGCGCGAUUUCCACGUGCUGCUGCCAGAAAACGAGCAGUCUCAGAUAUUCGGCAUUCUGUGCCAGCUCAACGAGGCGUACCCCUACUGGGACGACCACCUCGUGCAGAACGUGAGUCUGUUUCAGAAAGACAAGCUGAUCCAGGACGAGCUGUGCGAGGCGGCCAUAGUGCUGCAGAACCCGUACCUCUUUGAGCUGGAGGUGAAAAACAUCAAGGUUGCAACCAACGGGUUCCCCGUCAAGACACAGCUGAAUCUGAAGAGCAGGGUCACGGGAACGUCCAACACGUCGGUCACGCUGAAGCCGCGCGCGCAGACCACGGUAUCUGUGUUCGUGGUGCCUCUGAGCCACGGGAACAUGGAAAUCACUGGCAUUUCGGCCGUGGUGAGCAACUGCGAGGAGCGAACGUUCGGGUGGCUGGAAAAACAGCCCACUUCGGCGAAAAACCCGGUCCCCGAGUACAGGCCCCGGUCGCUGACGGUGCCGGUGCUCUACGAACAGCCGCUGCUGAGCCUCGUGGACGUCAAGCUGCCCAAUCGCUGGAUCAUGCUACUCGAAGGCGAGUGCAAGCGCUUUGACAUCGUGAUGAAGAACGCGUCGAACGUCGAGAUCAACCAGCUGACGACGAAGUUCCUGGACUCGACCAUCGAGCCGCUGAACCAGCUGCUCCAGAACAAAAACCUGCCGCCCAACGAGGUGUACGAGAUCGAGUACUACCUGAUCAAAAAAAAGCCGUUCAAAAUCCUGAACAAAGACGAGGUGGCACGGGUCGGGCCGGGCCAGGAGCUCAGGCUCGAGAUGGAGAUCUGGGGGAAGCGGGGCGUGAAGGAGGCCAGCGUGAUUUUGGAGUAUUCGCACCGGAAACAGGCGUCGCCAACCAACUUCUUCCGCAAGCUCACCAUCCCAGUCAACGUGACCGUCUACCCCAGCAUAGAGCUCGUGGGCUGCGACAUCAUCCCGCUCUCGUCGUCCACGAGGAUCUCGGAGUCCAACCAGGGCGCCACCUGGAAGUAUCUGGAGAAAAUGGUGGCCCGGGGCCACCAGAUGUCUGACUUCUGUCUGCUUGCGCUCGACCUCAUGAACUCCUGGACAGAGGAGAUGACGGUCACGUUCCAGUGUCUUCUGGAAGGCUCGGCAGACCCCGAGUUCCAGCAGUCGAACGACGCGAUCGAAGACCCGCCGGAGGACACCUACGCGACGACGAUCGUGCUGCAGAGCAAGAAAAACGCGCGAACCUUGAUCCCGAUAAAAAGAAUCAAUUUCGACUACGAGUACCUCAACCGACGGGUCCCAAGCCUGCGCAACAAACAGUUCAUCCUUGACACCAAAACGCCGGAGCCGGAACAGCGCUUUGUCAAGCACGCGUUCUGGUACCGGCACGAGCUGCUGCAGCGGCUGCGCGCGCGGUGGCAGAUCUCAGAAUCGAACAGCAAUUCCAUCUACGCCGGAAGAGCAGGCAUCAUCGACAUCAGAAGCAUCCGUUUCUCGUCCAAGAUGGUCAACGCGCUGGAGGUCGAGAAGAUUGGACUGGUUCUGGACGUGCUGGACACCGAGGACCGGGUCGUCGAUCCCGAGUCCUUGGAGUUGAACCAGUUCUACAGCAUCCGCCUGAGACUCACCAACAGGAACUCGUGUGCGGUGGCUGGCAUGCUGCGACACGUUCCUGUGUGCCAGUCGGUAUUUGCGUCAAUGGACAAGAAGAUCCUGUACAACGGCGUGCUGCAGUUCAGCGUUGAGCGGCCCGUGCUGCCCAACGAAUCGCGGGAGUUCGUUCUCGGGGUCGCGUUUCUGGAGAAGGGCGAGUACGAGUGGGGCGCUAUUUUUGACGAAAUGGACGGCUACGAGGGGGGAGUCAUCUCCCUAAAGCAUCAGCACUUGCAAAGGGAGCAGCUGAAGAUAAAAGUGGAUUGA